AUGGCUGAAGACAAGGGUAAACCAAAAGGUGCUAUGAAUGCUUAUGCAGCAUUCUUGCAAUCUAUGCGUGCCGACCAUAAGAAGAAACAUCCCAAUGUCACUCUAGAUUUCAAGGCUUUUUCAAAGGAGUGCUCAGAACAGUGGAAGAAUCUAUCGGCUAAAGAAAAAAAGAAGUUCAAGGAUAUAGCAGAGAAGGACAAAGAGCGUUAUCGAUGUGAGAUGGAACAUUAUGAACCUCCUGCCGAUGAAGGUCGCAGUAAGAAAAGGAAACGAGACCCUGAUGCACCCAAAAAGGCGCUGUCAGCAUUUUUCCUCUUUUGUAAUGAUGAACGACCUAAAGUCAAAUCAGAAAAUCCCGACUGGAAAGUCAGUGAGGUAGCUAAAGAACUAGGUAAAAGAUGGGAGCAUUGUAAAAACAAAGCUAAGUAUGAGAGCUUAGCCCAGGUAGAGAAGCAACGUUACGAGAAAGCGAUGCAAAAAUACAAAGCCGGCAAAAAGUCCAAGACAGAAGAUUCAGAGUCCGACGAUUAG